AUGGCUAAAGUUUUUGAAGAGAAGAGUGAGAUUCGCGACGCUGCGUUUGGUUUUCCUAAUGAGUUUCCUUACGAGUUUGACUCGUUCGAAACUGAAAACAGUGAUGAGGAGGAUUUCUUUGCUGGGUUAACUCGUCGACUGAGUCAAGCCUCGAUGAAUGAAACUCGGAAGGAAAAACUCACUGUUCCCAUUCUCAACAAGGAGAAACCUGAGGAGAAGGUUCGAGUCAUGGCUGGUUCGCCUCAGUCGACGCUGGCCGGAAUCGGAAGCUGGUCCGGGCGUAGCGGUGGUUCGAGCGAAGGAAGUCCGAAUGGUUCGACUCGUGUUCCUUCGCCGACGACUAUACCGUUUUCCGCUGAGAACGAUGCUUGGGAUGUGUUGUAUGCUGCGGCGGGGGAGGUUGCUAGGUUGAAGAUGAACGUUGAAGCCUCGUUGAUGGAGAUUCAGAACAAAAGAGGAGUACUCGGUGGCGUUCCACCACGUGUUGCGGCGGAGAACCGUACCACCACGUUUUUCUCAAACCCUAAUCCUUCGCUUGUUCAAUAUCAACAAGUGAAGCAACAGUGUGAUUCUGUUUGGGGAAGACAAGCCCAAACCCAAGCCCAGGCUCAGGCCCAGGCUCUUGCCCAAGCGAAAGCAGCUAGCUGGUCGACUCAGGUUCAGAACAGUGGCUAUGAUUAUGAGGGUAUGAAAUGCACGCGCCCUAUGCCUCGUUCGGUUUGGCAUUCUCCUAUUCAAGUCAAGCAUCAAAAUAACCCGGUUCUUUUUAACGGAUCCGGGUCUCGCCCCGUUUCUCAAAUUGGAUCUGGUGUCAAAAAAGGAUGUGGAGGAACAGGGGUGUUCUUACCCCGGCAAUAUGGGGCCCCUCUCCCCGAAUCUCGCAACAAAACAAAUUGUGCUCCUGUUUUGGUCCCAACAAGGGUGAUUCAUGCUUUAAACAUGAACAUUGAUGAUUAUAACGGUGGUAGACAACCUCGUUUCUCGAAUGAUUUCAGCGUGGAUUAUGAUGCAUUGUUGGCAAGGAGAAACGCUCUUCUGAUGCAGCAGAGAUUAAGGAUGCAACGUGAAGAGGCAGCUAGCUAUGAAGCUCGGCUUCCUCAGGAAUGGACUUAUUGA